AUGGCUUCUCCGAGGACAGUCGUUCGUCAAGAGUCGUAUGCGGGUCAUCGCGGGAUUACAUUCAGUGACCACAGGCCGGUCUCCGCCGACUUUCUUCUGGAGGUACCUCUUGUGGACAAUGUACAGUUCAAUGCAGCUGUCAAGACAUGUUACCACAAAGUGGGUGAUAUGGAGGAAAGUGAACAGCCGCCCAAAGUCAAGCUUGACCAGACGUUAUUGGAUUUCGGCGUGGUAUCGUACGUACGGAUUGCUCCACUCACUGCUCUUCAGAGACCUUGUGCCUAUCGCUUUGUGCCUCUCGAGUCGGACGGUUGCAUACAUCCAGAGUGGCUGAAGAUUGAGCCCAUGACGGGACUAUUGCUUCCUGGCGAAGGGAGCAACAUUUCAUUGACUAUCUGCAUCGAUAAACAGUCGGCGCCUCCCCUGAAUAUGCGACACGCUCGGCUCGAUUGCACCCUGAUUAUGCAUACAUUGUUCGGCAAAGAUCACUUCAUUACUGUCCACGGAGACUAUCAGCCGACAUGCUUCGCCACGACUUUAUCAGACCUAGUCAGGCUGCCAGGACCAGUGCGGGAACUUAACAAAGCUGAUCAGCUCCUACCUCAGACUCAGGCUGCCAAUGCGCCCCGGGAAAUCAUGAGACUGAUUAACUGGCUGAUGACUCAUGCCACUGAUACUCGAGAUCUCUUUCUUACUGCCGCUGAUGAAGAAUUAUCUCUUGACACGGGUUCAGAGUUUCCUUUCAAGCCUGGAACCGAUGGGCAAUAUGACCGCACAAUCAAGAUUGCCUUCGGAGAGACUAUGGUGCGGUUCUUAGAUUCCCUGGUCGAGCCUGUAGUCCCGAGCCAGUUGCACUCCAAAUGCUUGCAAGUCGUGGAUCGCGACGAAGCUUUCGAGGUCUUGAACGAGUUCCCAAGCGAAUCUGUCAAUGUCUGGAUAUCAUUCACGGCCUUCCUGCAUUUCGUUUGCCAGCAAUCCGAUGACAAGACUGAAGAAACUUCUCCCACUCCACCAAGCAAAGCUCACAUACUAGCCUCCAUCUUUGCGCCCAGUUUAAUGCGUGAUGACCCAUCUGUAUACCCUCCUGCCUCUCCAGUUGGAAAGCAGAAAUUUGUACUCUUUUUCAUUAGCUGA